GGCUGAAUUGAGAAUUUCAGACCAGUGGCAAUGUAUCGGGGGUGGGGGGCAGAAAGUGAAGUUCAACACGUUUACCAUUGACUGCUCUCUUUUCCUGGUAAACUAUGUUUAAGAGCAGAGUGCACGCGUCACUAGAGUGAGUUUGCUGCCAAUUUUCCCUGCUUAGGUCAAAAGUUCGUUUCGCCCGACAUCUAACAGUAAAAUGAAUCCAGAUCCCUCAUCUCAAAGUUAACAUCCUUCGACACGUGAUGGUGCUCCGUGGAAUCUGUAUAUAAAGGCCUGCCGGCUGUAUGGAUCAUGAACGGAAGCGAAUCGCUACACAUGUAGCUGCUCUAAGCUGAGCUCCCAUCAUUUCAUCAUUGGCACACGUGUGAAAGACGACUUUCAAAGUUUUUCAUUCCCCCUGAAGUCUGUCAACUUAAAAGAUGUACAAUUCCAAUGAGACCAACUUAGCCGAAAUACGCACUCACACAGCGAAGGCUGCGAGUGACUCACAAGCCAGCGAGUAUCUGUACAUCUUAAUAGUCAUGUCUUUCUACGGAUUUUUCCUCCUGGGAAUAGUGCUGUGUUACAUCAAGUCGAAGAAGCGCCAGCGGAAAGACGACACGCUGUUACUGUACGACUACAGGGGCGAGUGGGCCGGCCUGAAGUCGGUGCAUAUCCCCUUGGUGUUCAGCAGCUUGUCGGAUAGCGUGGUGCCCGCACUGUCCUGUGCCGUGUGCUCCUUGGAGAACAGCGUGGACUCGGAGGCAGCUCUAGAUGACCAACUCAACGUGGAAGAAGAGGCGCUGGUUGGAAGCGAACCUCUCGCCCACGCCCACGGCAUCUCUCGCCCGCCGGCUGAAACCCAUUAUUAAACCGAGAGAAAGCCCAUGAUAGGGGCAACGCUGGACAUAUUCUUCCUAUCUUACACGGCCAGUGCUUGAAUAAUUCAGCACCUCCCAACGGACAAGAGCAAAAUCUAAAGAAGCGUGCAAGAUGUUUCAGCAACUCAGUGACCCAACUACAAAUUUGCACCACGAGUUGCAAUGUUUAUAAGGUGUAUGAUAUACAUAUUAAAUGUUCAAAUAUGUCAGCCAGAGAGCUGCUGUUUAAAGGAUCGCUAAUAUUUUAUAUUUAAUCUGUAGAUAUGUUGCUUUCAAAUUAAAAAAAUAUAUAUAUAAACAAGAAAAUCAAAACAUCAUCCCUAAGCCAACAAUCUGGUGUAAUCUGUUGCGGCUCUGAUUUGUCCUGCUUCCAGUCCCCCCACAAUGAGUCUGAAGAAGGGUCUCCACCCGAAACGUCACCUGUCCAUUUACUCCAGAGAUGCCGUCUGAGCCGCUGAGUUACACCAACACUUCUUGUCUAUAUCAUCUGCAAGACUUCCUCUGACGCACCAAAGACUCUGCCCUGUCCCAGGGUCAAGUUCAAGGCGCCGAUCUUCGCAAUGCUUACAAGCUCUUACUGAUAGUCUGGAAACACUUGAAAACUGUAAAAUCUUCCAGAUAAAACUGGCGGUUGGAUUCUACAUACUUUAAAAUAACCGAUAAAUUAAUUUGUAAAUAUUUGGUUAAUCUGUAAAAUAUUUGUAAAUAUUUAUUGCCGAGUUGGAAUAAAAUUA